AUGCUCAAUUUCACUGAUGUGACAGAGUUUAUUCUUUUGGGAUUAACCAGUCGUCAGGAAUGGCAAAUUCUCUUCUUCACCAUUUUUCUCAUGGUCUAUAUUAUCACCAUGGUAGGCAAUAUUGGCAUGAUCAUGUUAAUUAAAGUCAGUCCACAGCUUAACAGCCCCAUGUACUUUUUCCUCAGUCAUUUGUCAUUUGUUGACGUUUGGUUUUCUUCUAACGUCACCCCUAAAAUGUUGGAAAACCUUUUGUCAGAGACAAAAACGAUUUCUUAUUCUGGUUGUUUAGUACAGUGUUUUUUCUUUAUUGCCCUUGCCUAUGUAGAAAUUUUUAUUCUUGCUGUCAUGGCCUUUGACAGAUGCAUGGCCAUUGGCAAUCCUCUACUCUAUGGCAGCAAAAUGUCAAGGGUUGUCUGUUUCCGACUGAUUUCACUCCCGUACAUAUAUGGCUUUCUGACUAGUGUUGCAGCGACAUUAUGGACUUAUGGCUUGUACUUCUGUGGGAAAAUUGAAAUCAACCACUUCUACUGUGCAGAUCCACCCCUCAUCAAAAUGGCCUGUGCUGGGACCUAUGUAAAAGAAUACACAAUGAUCAUACUUGCCGGCAUUACCUUUACAUUUUCUUUGUCUAUAAUUAUCAUCUCUUACCUGUUCAUUCUCAUUGCCAUUCUACGGAUGCGUUCAGUGGAAGGGAGGCGGAAGGCCUUCUCCACCUGUGGGUCCCAUCUGACAGCUGUCAUCAUAUUUUAUGGGACUCUUAUCUUCAUGUAUCUCAGACGUCCCACUGAGGAGUCCGUGGAGCAGGGGAAAAUGGUGGCUGUGUUUUAUACCACGGUGAUCCCCAUGCUGAAUCCCAUGAUCUACAGUCUGAGGAACAAAGACGUGAAAGAAGCCAUGAAGAAAGUAAUCAUCAGAACAUGUUUAGCAAAAUAAAAUUGAGUUCAUUUUGUCUUCUAUGCUUCACAGAUAUUUGUUUGACAGGAGGUUAUUGCCCAAUACAGGGGAACAUUAAACUUAAGAUACUUUCAAUGCACUGAAAAGAACAAAAAGAGAGAGAGAGACUGAAAGUGGGAAACAAAAAUCUAGAUUGACACAUUUGCAUUGAAGUUAAGUGGCAAGGAUCAAUUAAAAACAAAUUAAUUAGUUGAAAAGGUGCUCCAGACAUAGUUUACAAAUACAGAAAUUGAACUUUUUCAGAUAUGUAGUAUCUUAGUUAUCUAGUGCUGCUAUAACAGAAAUACCACAAACAGAUGGCUUUAACAAAGAGACAUUUAUUCUCUCACAGUCGAUGAGGCUGGAAGUCCAAAUGCAUGGUACAAACUCUAGGCAACAGCUUCUCUUUCUGUCAGCUCUAGGGGAAGGUCCUUGUCAUCAAUUUUCCCCUGUCC